AAUUGUUCUGCCGAUCGCCAUGUUCCAAUGGAGGCUGCUCUUCUACUCUCCUGGGCAGCGAGGAAUUUAUCUGAGAAGGGUUAUAAAUAGACGUUUUUCUUACAUUAUUCUCGGCGAUGAAAAGAACGUAAGUAAAGCAUAGUAUUUUGUUUUGUUUUAAAUGCAUUCGUCCAUCAUCUGCAUGAUUUCAUAUCGAUCUCCAGACUGGAAGCUAAGCGCUGUCAACUCAUGUUAACUGGAUCUUUCCUGGAUUUAAUUUGUAAAGUUCUUUAGCGCCUUUUUUAUAUAUUCUUUACUAUAUUUUUUUGUAGAAAGGUGUACCAGUAAAAGCAUGGAUCAAGGGUGUUCCAGUUGAGAAAGAUGCAACGGAUCAACUUCUUUCUUUAGCAAAAUUGCCAAUUGUCCAUUCUCAUGUAGCUGCUAUGCCUGAUAUGCAUCUUGGGAAGGGUGCUUGUGUGGGAUGUGUGGUUCCGACUGUGGGUGCCAUCAUCCCCUCUGCUGUCGGAGUGGUAUGGUCUAGAUUUGACAACUGUCAUUUUUGUCCUGUAAUAAAUACCGUAUUCACUCAGUUAUAUGCUGCCCUUGAUAAAUGCUGCAGAUGGAAGCUAAAAUACCACAAAAUGCCGCCCUGGAAUAAAAGCCGCACCCAAUAGAAAUAUUAACACCGUGGUGUUUAAUUAUGUAGAUAUGGUAUGAUUCUUUCUCGUGAGAUCAUUUAAGAGAAAAGUCCUGUCCAAUUUAAAGAUCAACGAUUAGUACCCCUGGGCAAGCCUUCUUCACCACCCCAUGGCCAGUCACUUGAACAAAGCUGAAGUUGUUCAAAUUUCCAUAAUGUUAUGGCAGUGAAGAAUGUUGCUCAAAUUCCCCACCUUCAUGUCUUAAUAGUUGAUCUUGCGUAGUAAAAACGCCAAGAAGUUAUUUUUGUUAAAUACAGUGGAUUAGCUCUCCUAAUGGACGCUCUUGUAAGCUGAUCGAACAGCUCUACUUAAGGCGGCCUUCACAAAACCCUGUUUUUGUCAACUCCAAUACAAACUCUAUAUCUUUAUAUUCCCGUAAGUGGCCAGACACCUUUUUCGCAUCCCGAGGGUGUCCACUCACUACAGUGUCCACUGUAUCUAUAAGUAAAAGAUUCCGGGUUGUGGUGUAUGCCAUCAUACCACAGGCUCUUGCAUCAUUCUCUCUAAGCUGUAUGUGGCACAUUUUAGAGUAAAUUGCUCAAAAAUAAAUGUCUGUUGAAUUUUCCUGCCAGAGCACAAUCUUUUCGUAACGAAAAGAUGCAAUAUAUUACACAGGACAUUGGAUGUGGAAUGAUGGCAGUAAGGACAACACUAACAGCAAAUCAGCUGCCAGAUUCCUUGAAGAACCUUCGUACAGCUAUUGAACAGGCUGUACCACAUGGGCGGACUCAUCAGGUCUGUAACCUUUGGUGCCGGAAAUGAUACUGUGAAAUCAUUUAUUGCAGAAAAUAUCAAGAAAAGUUAACAAAUAUAUAUUUUUUAAUGAGAGUAAGAAAAAAUAAUACAUCAAAGUCUUCAACAAACUGUUGCAAGAACAGUGAGGGUCACAGGUCAGUGAUGUGCGCUAUUACCUACUGUAAAAUUCCGAAAAUAAGCCCCUCCAAAUAUAAGCCCCCCAAAAUCAUAAUGCAAAAAACCCUCCAUUAAAUUGCCCCUCUGAAUAUAAGCCCCCUGGGGGGCUUGUACUUGGAAUUUGCCCUCAAAUACAAAGUUAAACAAAGCAAAAAUGGUAAAUUUCCUUCCCAUUGCAAGCUACCCCAAUCGAUAUUGAAACGCAAAUUUCCCUCCGUACAUAAGCCCCUCCAAAAAUAAGCCCCUCAAAAAGGGCCUUUGAAAAAUAUAAGCCCCAGGGCUUAUUUUCGGAAUUUUACGGUAUCUUCCUCUUUAAAUGAAGUCUUUUACUUGGUGUUUGAUUUGCCACCUACUUGUCAUGGAACUAGCUGGAGUUAGCAUAUGCACACUCAACUAAUCAUGAUAGGUGACAGCGGUAUAUGGAAUGGAACACUCAUUAUUAAAUCUUUAGUCUAAGAAUGAUAAAAAAAUGUAUAGGUCAGGGCAAAAAAUAAUGAAAAUAAUAACAAUCAUGAUGAUAAUAAUGGUGAUGAUGAUGAUGAUGAUGAUGAUGAUGACAAAGUUAAUAAUAAAAUUAUUAUUUUUAGGGUCGCAAGGGUGAUGUUGGUGCAUGGAAGUCAAGUGACAUUCCACAGUUUGUCGUAACGGAGUGGGAUAAACUCAAGAAAGAGUAUGAAUACAUCUGUAGUCGGCAACCGAUGGCGAAGGCACAGAAUAACGUGAAUCAUCUUGGAACAUUAGGCACUGGAAACCACUUUAUUGAGGUAAUGUGCGUAUGGGAUGUGGUUUUACUUUUAAUUUAUUGAUGAUGGGUUUUGUUACAAUCCCUGCUUUGGCAAUUUUUUAUAGAAAUUUUGACCUGUUGAGUGGUAUUUACACCAUUCCCUUUCACAGUUUUUUCAACUUUUGAAAUGGACAAGUUAGGGAAAUUUUCAUUGACACCACUGGAAAGAUUGCCUUUAUUAGCUUAUAUUCAUCUCCUGUCAGUAAUGUCUGUUUCCUGGUAGGUAUGUCUUGAUGAAGAAGAUAGAGUUUGGUUUAUGUUACAUUCUGGGUCACGUGGUCCUGGCAACAGAAUUGGAACAGUGUACAUUGAACUUGCCAAGAAUGAUAUGAUGAAACUGGACAAACGAGUUAAGGUACAUGAAUGCCAAAAUUGUCGUGUGUAUUCGGCUGUGGUUGUGGUUGCUUUUGGCUGCUGUUUGGCCAUUUGAUUGCAAAGUUAAGGGAACUGUUUAGAUAGUCAUACAUGCUCUUCCAACUUAAUGUUGGACAAAGGUGUUUGAUCGUUUACUAGUUGGGGUGUAAUGUUGACCUAAUAUACAUAUUCUUCCCACUGUUGUUGUCCAUGCAUUAUCGAUAUAUACUGAUUGAGAAAAAAUUUUAUAAGGAGAAAUUUGUUGCUGUUCACCUACCAUUCAGGCUGAUCAAGGGUUAACACUUUUCACUCCUUCAGGGUUAAUUGUAGAAGCCUUAUGAGGCAAAUGUGUGAGAAUAAAUAACCAAACAAAGUGCAUUUUAGAAAUGCGCUUUUUAUGGAUCAUGUUAAGGCAAACAGUGCAUUUGGUUUGUAUCGGUCGCUUAGCUCUGAGCUGUACUGUGCUGUAUGUGUAACAAUUAAGCCUACGGACAAAAGCCUGUGGAACACUGUAUUUCUGCUCAUCAUCGUUCUAGUUCCACAAAAACCAAGGAAAAAUGCUAUAGAAUAGUAGGUAAACCAUCAACAACAUCAAUGUGAUGAAGACUAUUCUGUUUUUGUUGAACAGGUUGAUAAAGAUCUGGCUUACCUUAAAGAGGGCACAAAGAAUUUUGAGGAUUAUGUGUUUGCAGUGACGUGGGCACAGAAGUUUGCCCGUGUAAACCGUGAUAUCAUGAUGUCAAGUGUUCUGCAGGCAGCUCACUCUUGCAGCAAUAUUCCACAAUUUGAAGUGGACCCAUUUAGCAAGGCUGUUAACUGCCACCAUAACUAUGUGAAUUUAGAGAUGCAUUUUGGAAAAGAAGUGUUUCUUACAAGAAAAGGGGCCGUAAGUAACAAGAUACUAAAAUUUGGUAUUAUAUAAAAUACUCCAUAAGGCCCUUCUCUGUUGGUUCAGUUGAAUGUUCACAAAAAAGUUUUGUAAGCAAAACAAACAAAAACACAAAGCCAAAAGCAGGCCAAAAAUAAAAGAACCUAUGUCAGGAAUUUUCUGCCUGCAUUUAUUCAGUUUUUUGGGAUACGCUUGUGUUUUUCUUUUUGUGCUAUGGUUCUUGUUAAUUCAAGUUUUGAAAUACCAUGAUGUCAACUACUCCAUGAUUUCAGACAUGUCAUUCAGUUGCUUUUUUUUCGACAUUUUGAACCGGGGUACUUGCAUCUCUUGUUGGUGAAUGCACGGUCUAGUCCAUUUAACACAAGGACUCGCCCUGUUAAAAAAUAUAUAUACUACAGUGGAACCUCGAGUUAACGAAGGGCCAAGAGACUGGAAAAAUGUGUCCGCUUUAUCGAGGUUUUUUUUCAUAUAUCUUGCUAUGACUGGGGUAAAGAAAAUCGUUCGUUAUACGGAGGACUUCGUUAUAUAGAGGUUCGUUAUAUCGAGGUUCCCCUGUAUUUGCUUUGUGGUCUAGUAUGUCAGUGAUAUUAUUAAUAUUAAUAUUAUUAUUAUUAUAUGAUGAUGAUGAUGAUGAUUCCCACAAGGUUUCUGCUCGUGAUGGUGAAUUGGGCAUCAUACCAGGGUCCAUGGGAGCACGAUCCUACAUCGUCAGAGGCAAGGGAAACCCUGAAUCAUUUCACAGGUAGGUGGUUGUCUAAUUGACGACUGAAUUUUGGCUUUUUAUUCUAAGCAAAGCGCGUCAUGAGUUUUUAACGUAAGUAAUAGCACUAAUAUCCUUCUUCUUAAAUCACCAUCAUCAUCAUCAUCAUCAUCGCCAUCCUCAUCCAUAUUAUCUUCGUCAUCACCAUUAUCAUUAUCGUCGGUGUCGUCGCCAACGCCACCCUCAGAUUCGAUUCUUGGUCAAUCAACUUCGGCAAAUACGCUUUGUCUGUAGUCGACUAAUUUGCAACCUCAGUUAACGUUUUACCUGCCAACGUUAUAAUAGGAGGUUGAAUGCUUAAUCAUUCUCUUUUGUGGUAAUUUUCUCCUUAGUUGUAGUCACGGAGCUGGGAGGACCAUGUCGCGAACCAAAGCCAGGAAAAUGUUUUCAAUUGAAGAUCACGUGCGUGCAACAGAAGGCGUGGAAUGUCGAAAGGACGCUGGCGUCAUCGACGAAACACCAAUGGCUUACAAGGACAUCGAUGACGUCAUGGCAGCGCAGAGUGACCUCUUAGAUGUUGUUCACAGACUCAAGCAGGUGCUGUGCGUGAAGGGGUGAUAUAGCGGAAGUGAAACUGAUGAAAAUUAUAAAGUUUGGUCAACGGUGAAUUCGAAAACUGUCAACUCUGCGGUCACGAGCAAAGGACAGUCAAAAUAAUUUCUCAAGGCACCUGUGGUUAUCUAGUCUACCUACAGUUCACUUGGUCCCAGAGAUAUCAGAUUUCAUGUUACCUCCUCCUCUACCGUGGGCCAGACAGUUAUGCCACUGUACUACAGACACCUAUUCAUACAGACUGUUCAAUUGACAGUUAUGCCACUAUACUACAGACACCUAUUCAUACAGACUGUUCAAUUGACAGUUAUGCCACUAUACUACAGACACCUAUUUAUACAGACUGUUCAAUUGACAGUUAUGCCACUAUACUACAGACACCUAUUCAUACAGACUGUUCAAUUGACAGUUAUGCCACUAUACUACAGACACCUAUUCAUACAGACUGUUCAAGUGACAGUUAUGCCACUAUACUACAGACACCUAUUCAUACAGACUGUUCAAUUGACAGUUAUGCCACUAUACUACAGACACCUAUUCAUACAGACUGUUCAAUUGACAGUUAUGCCACUAUACUACAGACACCUAUUCAUACAGACUGUUCAAUUGACAGUUAUGCCACUAUACUACAGACACCUAUUCAUACAGACUGUUCAAUUGACAGUUAUGCCACUAUACUACAGACACCUAUUCAUACAAACUGUUCAAGUGACAGUUAUUCCACUAUACUACAGACACCUGUUCAUACACACUGUUCAAUUGGCCUGAAAAGACCAAAAGACAAGUUGGCCAGUACCUCUAUCAGAGUACGGAGACCUGCAACACUAGACCCAUUAGGUACGUCUUACACGGUCGUCUCUUUGGUCUCCGUAUGAAUAAAGUAUCAAUGUACAUUAAUACAAAUGGAGUCUUACCCGUUUUGCGCUACACAGCCUGGCUGGAGAUACGCGCAGGAAUAUGAAGCUAGAGUCAGCCACCGUGGAGAUUUGGCUCAAGGGGUUGACACUGAGAAAUUUGAGCCGAAAAUAUGCAUUAUCUGCAUGACAUUACGUCAUCAGUAAGGAGUGAAACUUACUCUGAAUAGCCAUCUACGGAAUGU